AUGGGACACGAGACGAGGGUGUCCCGGUCCCGUCCCGUGAACACUCCUAGUUAUAAUUCACUUCUGCUCAGGCUCAGGCUUCUCCAAGAAAGUCCUCUUCAACCAACCCCACGGCUGCCAACCAGAGAGAGUAAAUUAGGAGUUAUACACUACCUGAAUCAGAUACAGAGCUCCGGAGGCGGCAGCGACGCCCCACAUGGCAGCGGCCUUGACGUCAGUGGGUUGGAUACGAAGCUUGGAAGCUAA